AUGGGCUCUCAACCUCAAGCAGACAUCACUCUCUACACCAACCACGCCUGCCCUUUCGCGCACAGGGCACACAUCACCCUCGCCGAACUUGGUCUCCCCUUCAAGGAAGAAAUCAUUGAUCUCAACACCCCCCGAUCCCCAGAAUACUUGCAGAUCAACCCCCGCGGCCUCGUCCCAACCAUCAUCCACAAUGGCGAGAUCAUCACCGAGUCCGCCAUCGUCGCUCAGUUCCUCGUAGAUGCGUAUCCCAACGAUCUCCUCCCCGCGUCGUCGGACAAGAACGGUCCGUUGACGAGAGCGAGGGUGGCUUUCUUCGUGGAUGCGUACUCGAGCAAGGUUCAGGCGCAUAUUGGAAAAGCUAUUUAUGGGGCCAAGACGGAGGAGGAGGCUAAUAAGGCUGCGGACGAUGCUGUUGCUGGUAUCGUCAAGGAGGUUGAGCCGCUUCUUAAGAAUGCGGCGCCUUACUUUAACGGGAGCGAUAAGCUCACCUUUGCAGAGGUCCUCACAGCUCCAUUCGUCAUUCGACUGCUCUCCUUCGCCAAGCACGGCGUCCUCCCAACCAAUCUCCCCUCCCGCCUCGAGAAAGAAACCCCCAACUUCUACAAGUGGGCACAAGCCAUCAGCAAGAACCCCAGCGUCCUGAAGAUCUACGACGAGGACCGAGUCGUUGAGGGAACCAAGAGGAAGAGAGCCCAGCUUCUCAGCAAGGCCUAA